AUGGCCGACAGAGUCUGGGAUGAUGAAGUGGUGGUCUUUUCCGACUGCGAGUAUGUGUUCGCCGGCAUGGAUGCCCUCGAGGCGGCGGUGGUGGACGAGGGCGUCUCACCGACGCAAGCCUAUGAGCAAUUCGGUGGAUACGCACGGGUGAAGGAGCUGACAGAGACUGCGGUGGUCCAAAUCGGAGCGGUCAAGUACGAUCUGGCCAACCGCAGGGUUGUCGAGACUUUUGAGGUCGUCGUCGAUCCAGGUGAGAGCUGGCCGGCCGCAACCUUUGACUAUCUUGCCCGGCUGACCGGGACUGUGUUCGGCCCCGGGCAUGGCGAGCAAGCGCAGUCGGCGCUGGCGGCAUUUGACAGCUUUGUCGGCAAUGCUAUGUGGGUGGUGAUGGACAACGAUGGCGCGGUGAUGCGGCGGCAGUGGCCUCAGCUCGCGGCCGGCCCGGCCAUACGUCUGAAGCCACUUCUGACCGAUACCCCGGCCGCCGGCCUCAACUCGGGCCAUUUGCACAACCUGCUUGCCGACGAUGUCAAGGCCGCUGCUGGAUUCGGAGCCAUAGUCGAUGCUCGCAAGGAUGCACAGGAACACACCGGGCUGUACGACGCCAUCUCGAUGGCGGUUUUUUGUGCGCUCGCAGAUCCGUCGCCGCUGGCGGGCACCAUCGCAAGCCUGUUCUUUUCCACGCGCCAUUGCCCCACCUCGCAAGGCAUCCCCACUGUUGCUGAGUCUGAGCCCAACUCUGUUAACGUGAUCAUGUCCGAGACUCAGCCGCUGGUGGUAAAUUCAUGGCGACAGCCCGCCAAGGGCGGGCACAAGAACCGGGACGGCGGCGAGGGCACGUCGUCGACAACCGGUGCUAUCUUCAACUUUCUCUCGACUACCAUCUCAACCGGCUUGCUCUCACUGCCGGGCGCUGGGCGCGAUGGGGGCUGGGUGGCGAUUGUGAUGAUCGUCGGCGUCGCGCUAGUGGCCAACCACACCGCCCAGCUGCUUGUUGCUUGCCUCGAUGCCAUCUCGCCGCGGCGUGCCGACGACGUCGUGCUCUUCACUUCGCACGACUCGGUGGUUCACGUCGAGUCGGGCGGCACGGUGCCUGCUGACAACCACGAGAUCUCAUAUGCAGCCAUCGGGCGCGCCGCGUACGGGACGCCUGGAGCCGUGGUGGUCGGCGUCCUGCAGAUCGCGCUCCUCUUUGGCGCGUGCACCAUCUUCUUGGUUCUCUUCGGCAACCUCAUGUCGGAGCUCUUCGACUGCGUCUCGCCGCAUAUCUUCAUCAUCGGCCUUGUCGUCUUCAUGAUUCCACUCUCAUGGCUCCGGUCACUCUCAGAGGUCGCCCUCCUCUCGUACGGCGGGCUGGCAGCAUCGAUGCUGACCUGGGCCAUCAUCUGCGGCUACGGCAUUUCCGAUGGCAUCCAGAAACCGGUGGCUGGUGGGCGGCCCAUCCUUGUGCUUGCCAAUGGGCCGGUUGCUUUCAACACAGUCGUCUUUGCCUUUGCCGGCCAUUCUGUCUUGCCGUCGAUCUACUCGUCGAUGGCGCGGCCGCAGACACUGGCGCGAGCGCUCAACUACGCGUUUACGGUCAUCGCCAUCGUCUACUCAACCAUCACCGCGUGCGGUUACUGGGCGUACGGAUCAAAGGUCGGUGGUCCGUCCAACGACAUCUUCUGGAACAUGCCGACUACAAUCUUCACACGCAUCGCGGCCAGCGCGCUGUCGGCCCAUCUCGCCUGCGCGUAUCUUGUUCCCUUCAAUCCGGUGGCGCACGCCCUCGAGCGCGUCAUUCUCCCCGCGUCGCCUGAUGGACUGCCUGGUGGGUGGCUUCUGCGUCAGCGUAUGGUCAUCCGCACUCCGCUCGUCGUUGCCUCGGCCGUCGUCGCUGUCAGCGUCCCGUUCUUUGGCGAGCUUGUCUCGCUCUUUGCCGCCUUCUCGGUCAUGGCCAUGGUCUUUACUCUUCCGCCCAUCUUCUUCGCCAAGCUCUAUCCGGAGCGUGUCUCACGAUCGUAUGCCGUCGUUCUCAUCGCCAUCGUCAGCCUCGGUCUCAUCGGCACAGGCCUUGGCCUCACUUACGCGUCUGCCAACUUGGUCAAGGCCCUUCGCGAUGGGGGCAAUCCCUUUGCCAACUUUUUGGCCCGCGACUGUCGGCUGAACUGAUACCUCCCGCCGCAGAACAAAGCACACAUAAAACCUUCAUCGC